AUGGAAGCCUUCACUUUACUCAAACUCCGCCGCGGAAGUGCCGGCUCUGGUACUAGUUUCUUCACUGACAACUUGACUUCCAAACCAAGAACCGCCACCACAGCCUCCUUGAAGCCGCCUUCAUCAGACACUGACGAUGCCGCCAAUGAUGAACCAUACUUUGACCUGGAAUUUGCCCUCCCAGAAGAGGAAGAAGAAGCAAAAAUCCAUGAAAAUGAAGAUGAAUUUGAAGAAUUAGAGGAUGAAAAUUAUGAUGAAGGAGAGUUGAAGUUUGAGCUGAGCAAGGAUCAGAAUGUAAUUUUAUCUCCUUCUGAUGAUCUCUUCUUCAAAGGCCGUUUGCUUCCCGUUGAGCCUUCAAGCAAUUUGUUGAAUUCUUCUGAAAAUAACUCCAAAUUGCCUGCGGUCUUAGCAAAAUCAGCCACGAAAUUCCGGGUUCUUCUUUUGAAGCUAAAGAAAUCAAAAUCAGAGAAAAAUGAGGGUAACAGCCCCCCAAAAUCUCAAGAAAAUGUCGAAAAUGGUAAAGAUGAUCAGAAUAAAAUACAAGGUGACAAGUUUUUCUUCAUGAAGUUUAAGGUCGAAGAAGUCCCACUUUUCUCUUUGUUCGCCAGAGAUAGUAGCUCAAAGGGUAAUAAGAAUGGCGGGGAACAUGAAAAUGAAGUGGAGGAUAAGGACUCAAAUGAAAAAAAAUUAACUAAAGAGACAGUACAGAAGUAUCUGAAAAUGGUGAAGCCUUCAUAUAUCCGUGUUUCGAAGCGUUAUGGAGAAAAGUUGAAGAUUGCUGGUCAUUUAAGCUUCCCCGGAGGAGAAACAAAGGGUGGUGCAGCACCACCGCUGCGUUUUCCGGGGACGGAGAAAGGAGGAGAAGGGGCGGUGAAACAAAGGGUGGUGCAGCACCAACGCUGCCUUUUACGGCGACGGAGAAAGGAGGAGAAGGGGCGGCAUUGA